AUGGAAUUCUUCGAGAAAGCCGUUGCCGUAAGACUCAAAAGCAGUCUCGACAAAUACCUCGUCGCCGGCGACGACCACGAGACAGUCCGGCAAAGCAGCAGCGCCUCCGCAACACGCGCCGCUGGGUGGCUGAUCGAGCAUGUUGAAUCAAACGGUCACGUCAUCCGUCUCAAAAGCUGUUACGGCCGUUACUUAACGGCCACCAAUACGCCUCUCCUCUUCGGCAUGACCGGCAACAAAGUCAUCCAAUCGGUGGCGGAAAACACCAAGGACUUAUCGAUCGAGUGGCAGCCGGUGAGGGACGGCUUUCAGUUUAAGCUGAAGUCGUCCGGAGGAACGUAUUUGAGGGCAAACGGAGCGAUGCCGCCAUGGAGAAACACCGUGACGCAUGACGGUAGUUUUACGAGUGCAACGAAUAGUUGUAUUCUGUGGGAUGUUGAGGCUAUAGAUAUACCGGAUGAUGAAGAGGAUAAUAAUGAUCGUAAUUUAUCCAUCGUAUCAAGUUAUUCGUCGGCCUCCGGUGAACUUUCCGGCAGGGAGCUCGGAUCGCCGAUAUCAGUCCACUCUUCCCGCUUCUCACCUCGGAGCCCUACCCUAUCGAUGAUGAAGUUCUUUUGGAACUCCAAGUCUCGAAUAAAUUCCAUUGGUGUGCCACGAUCUUUCCAAUUAGAGAAACUUCCACUUUUCCGGUUGAAGUUCUCGAUGAAGUUGAUCAAACCAAGGCGUCUGGUAGAAGAAUCAGGACCACCGGUGGUGGAACUCCUCCGCAACACCAAGACGGUCCGGCUAAGGAGCCGCCACGGCAAGUUUCUCCAUGCCGAUUACGACCAAGAGUCUGUUUCCCAAGACCGUCAUGGCACCACCAAGAAUAACUACUGGAGCAUCGAGUUUGUCGAAAAUACUCCCGACAAUGUCACCAUCAUUCGCCUGAAAUCGUGCUACGGUAAGUACUUGACGGCAUCCAACCACCCUUUCUUGCUCGGAUUGACCGGAAAGAAGGUGCUACAAACGGUGCCGAGCCGGCUUGACUCGUCGGUGGAGUGGGAACCUCUGGGGAGAGGGAAACAGGUGAAGCUGAAGACGAGGUAUGGACACUAUUUGAGGGCUAAUGGCGGACUUCCGCCGUGGAGGAAUUCAGUUACACACGACAUUCCUCACCGAACCGCCACCCAGGAUUGGAUCAUGUGGCAAAUCGAUAUCACGGUCCAGUCGCCGCCGGCACCAAGACUGCCGCUGCAGUUGGUUCCUUAUGCAGAUUCUUUUACUUCCUCUGAACCCGGUUCGCCCUCCACUAAUUGGUCAAAGUCCCCUACUUUCUCCAAUCAAGAGUCGAUUGACUCACCGCUGAAGAGGGAAGAAGGUCGAGCAAUAUAUUACCAUGUGGUCUCAGAUGACUUUGAGGACAGCGACGAAGAUGAGCACGGGUUUUGCAUUAGUUUCAAAGGGAACCGAGUUAAUGAGUUGACUCGAAAGUUAGAGGAAGAAACUCGACUACACAACAUAACUGUCUGUUCUCCAAGUCCACUGGAUGGGAAGCUUUACCCGCUCCAAUUGGAGCUUCCUCCCAACAACUUCACCAUGAAAGUUGUCGUCGUUCCAAAUUCCUCCCAAGGUGAGAGACAAUUACGCAUCAAGGGUUAGUUGACAAACGUUGAAUAAAGUUUUGUUACUGAAGGAUACUAAAGAACCAGUUAAGUUAACGAGUGAGUAUAAUAAAUCAAUCAAAUUUGUUAUAGAUGUCAUGUCAAAACUGUCUGACAUUUUAAUUACAACAAAUUUGAUUGGGUUGUUGAAUUUCCUCGAAGGGGAAAAUCGUACUAGUAUGUUGUAUAGAGUUCUCAAGAAGAGGAUUUUCAAGGUCUUUAUCUUACAAUAAUGUUAUUAACAGUCGAGUUGAGUCGAGCUAGGGUUGAUCAAGUAACUUAGAAUUACUCAGGUAAACCUAGGGUUUCUAAGUUGCAAUCUCGCAUUUAGGAAUGAUCCGUUAAUCAUUGGGAUGCGACAACUGAAACAAAUAUCGCCACUCAAUGUUAGGUUUUUAAGAAAAGAGGACGGUACUACCUCCGACAAAUUUAGUGUUUAGUUUUCCUUUCAAGUGUCAUAUGGAAUAAGUGGCUUAUUAUAGGUACUUGUGCAAGCGUCCCGGUGUUUGUAGCUAUCUAUACAAGGGCUUAUUGUAACCAGUGACUUUAUGAACACUUGAUGUUGCAAGUUAUUAUGUUAUGAGAUCUCUGCUUUUCUAGCUA